AUGAUGAAGAAUCACAGCAAAACUGCAUCGGGCGCGUACGAAGAUCAUUCGCAAUUCGAGAGCGAUGACAGUAAUAGCAGCAGUACGGAAAACACGCAGGACAGCUCCAGAAGUUACGGCACUACCAGGCAUCAACAGCCACCACAGCAAAUGGCACCGGAAAUUCCAGUCGCGGAUAGCAGCGAGAGUGGUCGUAACCUCAACAAACAACCUGUCACUCUCGAUCUUUCCAUCCACGCGCCAUCGCAAGCAUUAUCCAACAUUCUUAUAUCUCGGCCGUUUGCAUCAUUCGACGGGAUCGGGGUACACAGCGGGGUGCCAACGCGCACCACGCCAACACUGACGCCCACCACGCUCAAGAACAUCGAGCAAACGUUCAUGGAGGCGACGAACGACGCACAGAUCAAUCUGCCGUACCAGGCAGGAUUUGUGCCGCCGUCCUACCCGAUGGAGGACCACAGCCAGGAUGGUGGCGCUAGCCAGGAAUCGCUCAGCACCAACUCGAACGGUUCCUGGGCGGUUUCGGGCUCGCACGGCUACACCGGGGAUGAUCACGAUUCGAAAUCGUCCGCCUCGAUGGAGCAACCGGCCACCGGUACGCGCAGCCGCCGGUCAGCCUUGACCGGGGGUACCGAUGAGAAUGGAAAGCAUGAGCCGGGCAGCAGCACGUUCGCGAUCGGUACGUCGGGCGGGACCGGAACAGGAUCACGCACCGGUGGUGGCCGUCGCAAUGUGGGUGGCCGACGGCCUCACAAACCAUCCAAUCUUACACCGGAGGAGGAGGAGAAGCGCCGUAUACGGCGCGAACGCAACAAGCAGGCGGCGGCCCGUUGCCGACGGCGGCGCGAAGACCACACCAACGAGCUGGUGGAUGAGACGGACCAGCUGGAAAAGAAGCGCCAAUCGUUGGCGCAGGAAAUUCAGCAGCUGCAGCAGGAGAAGGACGAUCUGGAGUUUUUGCUCGAAACGCACCGGGAGCAUUGCCGGCUGCAGGCCCGCCGAAGCCCGAUCGAUCUGAAACCGGCCGAGCUGGACAGUUCCGGGUUCGAGAAUACGGCAACGUUCGUGCUGCCAAAGAUUAAAACCGAGCCGGAUGAUGAGUUUAUUGCGGCCCAGCAACAGAAUCAGCCACCGAACCAGCUGCAGGAACAACUGGCCACCGAAGCUGCCGAGCAUGGGACAAUUUCCAAAAAGCUGAAACUUUCGAACGCACACAGCGACAGCCUCGAGACACCAACACUAAUCAGCAGUGCCUUCGCGCCGCUUGCCGGUGUUGGGCUUGCGGGCAGCAACAAACCGUCUGCUACAAUCGCCGGCAACAACGGUGGCCGUCCAACGCGUCCGGACAGUCUGGACGUCAAAUCUGCCGCACAGUAUCCGUUGAUCGCCCGAUCGGGCGAGGGGGGAGGUGGUGGCUCGCUGGGAAUCUCGACGCCCUCGAGCGGUCUGUUUAACUUCGACAGCCUGAUGGAGGGUGGUACCGGGCUGACGCCGAUAGCGGCCCCGAUCAGCUUUCCACCGAACCGUAACCCGCUAGAGCUUAUCACACCGACCAGCACGGAACCGUCGAAGCUAUGUAGUCUAUAG